AUGAGACCGAAAUUAAGUGGGGGAGAGAAGAAUAAUUCUUAUAAAGUUAGAAAGCAUGACUCGGCACAAUGUUUAUUGAUAAUUCCAACAAUAAACAAUUCUCCCCCAAAAAUUUUAUGUGACCUUAUUAUAAUCGCACAACAAUACACCUUUUCGAAACAAGAACCAAUUGUCGCCUGUUCAGUUAGGCUGACAGAAGAUAUGGAAGAAAAAGAAUCAAAAAUGAAUCGGCAGACUUCAGCUGUUGUCAAAAGCAUUGAUGGAUCGAUCCUUCACAGGAGAUUUAAAGGGCAUCAAUCAUUCUAG